AUGGCGGAGGAAUCCGAAACAAACAAUCCAAAUCAGGAGAAUCCGUCUGGCAAUGCCCACAUGGAGAACGAGGAUAGACAAAAAUAUCUGCAACGUCUGGAGCGAAAGAUCCAACUGGAGUGCGAGCGAACGAAGGCGAGAGCUGAGAGGUUUGGGGUAGAAUAUAUAGAACCGAAAGUGGAAACUAUUCUGAGCCUUCCCGAGCUGUUUUGGUACAAAAGAUUGAAGAAUCCAGAGCAGGAUUACGAGCCGGAGCUGAUCAAGAAUCGCAAGAAGCUGGAGGAGAUGGACAACAAUCCGCCAGAGAUGCCGAGUGAAGCGCCGGUCGUGGGUGAAGCUCUGGACCCCGACUACGAAAUCAGAGACCGGGAGUAUACCGAGAAGCUGCUGGAAAAGGUCGCACAAGCGUAUCGAAGUGCGCGAGCUCGAGCAGAGCGAUUCAACAUCCCCUUCACGGAGCCUCGCCUCGAUGUGAUCCUGACAAAGACGGAAUUCCGCAAGUACAUGUCUGCAACGGGAGGUCGCAACCCUCUGGCAGCGGAGGCCGCGCCGGUUGCUGGUAUCGACACGCUAACGGAUGAGGAGAAGGCGCGACAGAAGGCUCGUGCGGAGAGGUUCAAGGCGUUGGCAGAGGCCGAGGGCCUGCCCUUCGAGGAUCCGAUAUCGAAGGAGGAAGAAGCCGAGCAAAGGAAGAAAGAGAUAGAGACGAGAGCCGCAAAGUUUGGCAUCGAGCUGAAUGCUUUUCCUUAUGGUGAAGACCUCGGUGUUGAGUUUUGCUGUCCUCGAAGAGACCCGAAGCCGGAGGAGGAAGAGUUUGAAGUCCUCAAGGACACGCUGCAUUGCUAUGGGGUCGAUCGUCUGAGUACCGAUGAGAUCAUGAAGAACGGGAUCACCUACCCAGUUCUCAUCCGCCAAGCGACUUCCCUUGACAAGAAGGAUGGAAAGGCGCAGAAGUCCAAACGCCUCUGGCUGAAGAGACGCGGGGCGAUGCCUCCUCCUCCUCGUCCUUCUCCUGAGCAACAGCAGAUUCCUUCAGAGCCUGCUCCUGUGAUUGACCUGCGCGACACGCUGGGAAAGAUCCGCGAGAGGAAGUCGAAGAGGCAGGCGGCUCGAUCGCAUCCCUACAAGAAAGAGGACGAGGAGAAAGAGGUGCAUAUGAUGGACUCCGAGGAGGCUGACCGGAUCAUGAACGCUGCUGCGGGAGACGAGGGGGGAGACGAGAACGUCAAGGACGCGGGGGAGGAGGAGGAGCUCGACGACGAGGUGGUGAUGAAGGAGGCGGAAGCACUGAUCGAGAGCAUGAACGAGUAG